UGCACUGCGCUGUUAUUGUGAUGGCCGCCUGUCCAACAUGGCGGCUCCUGACUGCGUCUUCCACAGAAUCCUCACCCGGUCCAGACCCGGUCCCAACAAGGUCUGAACGGCCUCAGUCAUCCUCUCCGUCCGUCUGCAGAGACGUCCUCUAUGUGGUCGAUCUGCAGCGCUACAGCAGAGACCAGGGGGCCGACGUCUACUUCCCCCAGGGGGUCCUCAUGGGUGACGACCUGUAUGACGUCACGCUGACAGACGGGGACUGCAGGCUCCGUGUGACUCUGGAUCCAGGUCUAAACCGGCUGGUGGAGAGAAACGUCCUGCGGCCCAGAUCGGCGCUCCGUAACGCCACCUUCACACCUGCCAUGACCGCUCAGCUCCCAGCAUGCCGCGGGGCGUCUGCGGCCAGAGACAGCUACAGGCUGGUGAGCGUGGAGGUCCCCGGUGGAGACCAGGAUGAAGGACUCAGGAAGUUCCAUGUGGACUCUCUGUCCUGGUUUGGAUCGUCAGAACCAGCAGGGCCUUUGGUUCCUCUGAGAGCCAAUAGGAGCGUGUUCCUCCCUCUGUGGAAUAAUGUGGACUACAGCGGGGAGGGGUGGAGGGAAGCUCCGCCCCCUGAGGAAGAGGAAAGCGAGGAGGAGGAGGAAGCGCGGCGUCCUGCUGUGACCGUGUCAGAGCUGCGAGACUCCUUCCUGAUUGGUCGCCGGGGCGUCGCCAGAGGCGCCGUCCACCAUCAGCUGAUCGUACGCAUCAUCAACAAGUCACACCUGAUGUAUUAUGGGAGACGAGACAAUAGUUAUCAGUGCCCGUAUAAGGCGGUGUUGGAGGUGUGUGACCGAACAGGAAGUGUGUGUGUGGUGUUGUGGAACAGUGUGUGUGUCAGCUGGUAUCGCCGCCUGAAGCCCGGUGACGUCAUCGGCCUGAGACGCUAUCGAGUCAAGCGGAAUUUCCCGGCAGAUCCAGAUGACAUUGAGAUAAGUGUGAACAGCAGAAAUCCUGCAGCUCUAAUCUCCGUCCUCCCAGAAUCCUUUGUUUCACCUGAACAUCUCCCACCUGCAGCCUACAGCUUCUGCAACAGCCAGGAGCUCCUGGACCGUCCUCACGGCGCCGUGUGUGAUGUCAUCGGUCUGCUGACCUUCUCGGGACGAGCCGAGCGAAUCAGGAGCGAUGGAAGAGGGGCGGAGCUGUUGGAGUAUCACUGGCUACAAUUGGAGGAUGGGAACAGCAACAAGCCAAUCAUGGUGAAGCUUUUCUCUACAUCUCAACCUGAAACCCAACUCAAGCUCCACCCACUCUCUGUGGUAGUUUGUACCAGACUGAAACUGAUCAAAGCCAAUGGGACGGACGUCUUCUUCUACCUGACAAACUCGACAUACACACAGGUGUACUGCACAGGACUGGGCCAACACUCAGAGAUGAGUUACCGUCGGCUGAGGCCGGUGCGACUGUUCCUCCAAUGGCUGCGGAGCCAAGAUGACGGACAGGUGCUGAGCAGGGCUCUGAUUGGAGGAUUCUUCAUCCACCCGCCUCCUCCCACCUCCUUGGAAAUGUAUAUGAAAGACAGGAAAGGUGUGCCGGGGUUCCUGCGAGGGGCGGAGCUCCAGAGAGAAGUGGACAGGCUCUGUUACCGGGAGCGACACACCUUCUGUAUCCAGGCAGCUGUUACCAUGGUUAUGUACAGCUGCAGAGGAGAGGAGGACCGCAGUUUGUUUUGGACGGACCAAUCUCCAUCUUUCUGCUCCUCAUCCUCCCCUCUCCCGUCUCCCCCCCCCACCUCCUCCUCUUCCUCUCUCCUUCCUCCCCCCCCCACCUCCUCCUCUUCCUCUCUCCUUCCUCCCCCCUCCACUCCUCCCUCCUCCAGACUUCCUCUCUCGUCCUCUUUGUCCCCCACGUCUUCAUCUUCAGUCGUCAGUCCUCUGCACCAAAGACCAGGCAGGAGGUCGAGGAAAAGGAAGCAGCUGCUGCAGACGGACACUCCACUAAAGAGAGGCCCGUGGGUCACGAGGCAACCAGAGCAGAACCACCAGACGGAUGGUCUUCUGUCUCCAGCCAUUCUCUUUGAAGCCUCCAUGGAGUUCCUAGAAAGCACAAACGAUGAUGAAGAUGAUGAAGACGAUGGAGACGCCUCCACCUUCGUCACCGCCCCACUCCCCCCCGCCCUCCAGCCUAUCGCCCUGGAGACGCUGCCGAUGCACUAUGACCACGGCAACAGGGAGGAGCAGGCGGUUGCCGUGGCGAUGGUGGGAGGAGCCAGCGGGAGGUUCGAGUCUGCCGUCGAUGAAUACUUCACUCUGAGGCUUCGAGCUCUUUCAGAUGGCGUCUCGGUCAACAUCCUCUUCCUCCCUCACUUCUCCUCUUCCUCCCCCUCUCCUCGACCCCUCCCUCACUCCAACACCUGGACCUCCAUCUUAUCCCACGGAGCCUUCUCCUCACACACACCUCCACCUUCACCAGCUGACCUCAUCGGCAUGGCGACCCAGCUGGCCAAUCAGAGGCUGGUGUGUGUCCUGGAGGCGUGUCAUCUGGGCGGUGCCACAACUGAACUCGUCCUGAGCCGAGCAUUUCCCCUGACCCACUGACGCAGAUACAUAUACACACACACCUUAUUAUUAUCAUUAUAACUUAUUAUUGUGAAGUUUUUUUACUUGAAGUAUUGAUGAUGCACUUUACUGACGUUGGGAUUUGUCGUUCAUGUAGUUUUUGUUCCUCUAUAAUAAUAUAACGACAUGUAAAGAGUUUCUUUGAAUCACAUUUUCUGAGUAGAACGUGUGUUGUGACUGAAGGAUUUAGUGUUCUCGUGUUUCAUGAAGUGAAAGCCUUCAUCUUCAUCUUCAUCACGUUGAAUAAAUUAUCUUCUCACUUUC